AUGUUUCCUCCGGAUAUGAAUGGCCACGCUCCGUCCGAAAAGCGCCGCACUAGGUACGCUCGAUCGUCGACAGUUAGUGUCACUCAAAUGUUAUCAGAUUCUUGUUCUAGUCUUAUUAACCGCAUAACUGGACGAUCUCGUGGUCCAUCCGAGUGUAUCCGUAAACCUGAACUCAAACCCGUCGAAACAUCGCGAAAUCACAAUAUUCCUUCGUCAUCGUCGUCGUCUUCCUAUCUUCCUAGCCCGUUUCAUUCAUCUGGGUACUCUGUGCGUAAUGAAGAUCGUUAUUUAUCCGCCUUAGAUGCCCAUCGUUACCGAAGACAACAAAGGCCCCUCACCAAAAGUGCUACCACGGUUUUGUUAUCAGAAAAGGCUUAUCCAUUUGUUCAUCAAACACCGCGUGAAAAGACCCCGUAUCGUCGCCAUAAACCCAACGUACUUUUGUCCAUACGACCAUUAAAACGGUCUCCUACAACUAUCACUGCUACAAUACAUACACCCGAACCUGUAGCACAAGUUGUAGACCCCGUGAUAACGGAGCGUGAAGCCAAGCGUAAGGAGAUACAAACAUUGAUUAUGAAAUAUUCAGCCUUGGACAAUGACGAGGAAACCGAUGAUACUCCUAGUGUUUUGACUAAGUGCCAACAAAAGUAUUCUUCCAUUCUUACCUCUUCUGUGAGCAGUGGCCAGCGAGCAAGAAGUCCAGUCAUUGUGGAUGACGAAGAGGGACAUCUGAUAUACAAAAAUGGAGACAAUCUGGCCGAUAGAUAUCAAAUCAUCCAAACCCUUGGAGAAGGUACUUUUGGAAAGGUAGUGAGUGCCAAAUGUCUAAAAAAUCGUGAUGAAAUUGCUGCGGUCAAAAUAAUAAAAAAUGUUGAAAAAUAUCGAGAGGCCGCUCGUUUAGAAAUUAAUGCCUUAGAAAAACUAAAUGCAAAGGAUCCAGAAAGUAAAAAUCUUUGUGUUCGAAUGAUUGAUAACUUCGAAUUUGGCGGACAUGUAUGCAUUGGAUUUGAACUGUUGGGACUAAGUGUUUUUGACUUUUUGAAAGAAAAUAACUAUCAACCAUACACAAUUGACCAGGUACGGCAUAUAUCUUAUCAAUUAUGUUAUGCCGUCAGAUUUUUACAUCGCAAUAAAUUGACACAUACUGAUCUAAAACCUGAAAAUAUACUUUUUGUCAAAUCUGAAUAUGAUACACAAUAUAAUCAAAAAAAGAAGCGUGCUUAUAAAAUGAUCAAAGAUACCGAAGUACGAUUGAUUGAUUUUGGUAGUGCCACAUUUGACGAUGAACACCAUAGUACAGUCGUAUCAACAAGACAUUAUAGAGCACCUGAAGUUAUUUUAGAACUUGGGUGGGCUCAACCAUGUGAUGUGUGGUCUAUCGGAUGUAUUAUUUUUGAACUUUAUUUGGGCAUUACAUUAUUCCAAACACAUGACAAUCGUGAACACCUGGCAAUGAUGGAGCGAAUUCUUGGCUCAAUACCUUACAAGAUGGCCAGAAGAAGUAAAACAAAAUAUUUCUAUCAUAGCAAAUUAGAUUGGGACCAAUCCAGUUCUGCUGGACGAUAUGUUAGAGAAAAUUGCAAACCCUUAAAGAGAUACAUGAGCUCUGAAGAUGAAGACCACCGGCUAUUGUUCGAUUUGAUCUCUCAAUUGCUCAAAUACGAGCCAACUCAACGCAUGACCAUGGAGGAAUCUUUGGACCACCAAUUCUUUUAUAAACUACCUGCUCAUCAGAGACUUCAUGACAAAGAAGAAAGAUCACAUUCACUGUCCAGAUGA